AACUGCUCUGGUCUCCUGGCUCCCCCUCCAACUCUGCGCUGGGGCUCUCGUUCUUGGUUCUCUGGUCUGUACAUAGUCUGCCUACGUUAUGACUGCUGUUCUCCAGGCGACAGACAUCCUCCGAAAGGACAGAGGGAUGGCUUCUAUGGACGACAAUGCUAUCAACGGCUUCUCCUCGGGCACGGACUGGAAAGCGAAGUACUUAGAGGUCGCCGAUAUGCUAGCAGAAACUCGCGCCGAACUCGAUGACUUCCACCAUUCCAGCAAGGAACUAGAGGAGGAACUCGAACGAGAGCUCGAACGGACGGAGAGGGCACAGCAGGAUCUGAAGGUCAAGGUGGCCAGAGCGGAAACGGAGAGGGAUGACUGGAAGGCCAAGUUUAUGUCUCUUCAAACCACACACAACACGACAACGACCUCACUUCAACGCGAGCUGGAUACUCUGAGGCAGGAACAUCAAAGGAUCAAGAUUCAAUUACGUGAAUUGGAGAUGGGUAAUGACGAUUUAGAGCGGAACGAGCGCGCAAUAUCGUCGAGCUUGGCGGAUGUAGAGCAGAAGUACGCGCGGGCAUUGGAGGAGAAGAUUCUACUGGAGCAUGAGCUUCUUGACAAGGCGAAUGUGGAAGAGGAAUGCCAACGGAUGAAGGACGAAUUGAGAGACGCGAACGAGGAAAUCACUAUCCUGAAGGACCAGCUGUCCGCUGCUCUGGAGCGAACUAACAAGCCAUCCCCUCCAGCUGUGGAACUCCCUGCACCUACCUCGUCUACUCACUACGCCACACUGUCGCUAUCGGACGAGGAUCUCCUCUCUGUGCCUACGCCUUCAGAGCUAUCUCUGGCAGACCUCACUCCACCCCCUGAGAAUUCCGCGAAGGAAUACCCUCCAACCUCUGCUCCCAUUGCUUCGCCCAGACCUACAAGAGAUGCCAACCCGAUCACUCCCUCUAUGCUGCAGCGUAGCGGCUUCCCCCCACCUCGGAACGGCGUUUCCACACCUUCGAGCAGCAGCUCUUCUCUUAUACGAUCCGCUACACAUCCAGGUCUCACGGCCAGCCCCUCCACCCGUUUACGCACCCCAGUGCCUCGACCCAUUGGCAACCGUCUUCCUUCCCUCGCCGCAAGCACUGCAAGCGCUGCGGGCGGUAUCCCCUCGACCGCGCCGAAGAGCAAGGGUGUACAGAUGGUGUCAGAAAUGCGGGCUCGUGUCAGGAUCCUUGAGCAGAAGAUACACACUCGCGUUCCUAGACUACGCAUGGGUUCCGUUACCAGCCGCUCCGCAGCUAAUGCCAUGCCACCGCCUCCCGUUCCCGCGAAAGCAUCACCUUCACCAGCCCCCUCUACAGCGUCUUCGUCACGCUCGGGUGUUUCUACGUCGUAUGACGAUCGUGCGGCGACGAGGCCGAAGCCGCGGAGACAGAGCGUAGACUUCGAAGCUGAUGCGCGCCGGACACCUGGAGGCGAUACGUCGGGAUGGGUACUCAUUAUGGAGGACUCCCCGUCCCCUAUCAAGGAUAAGGACAAGGAACGACGGCGUACCACAAGUCCUCCAUCUGCUCCGACCGCGUUCCGCCCUGCGUCGUCUGUUUCUGCUGGCUCGCCUCCGUCUCAUGAUGGUAGCCGAGCGCCGAGCGCUUUAUCACAAAGUGUCAUGCCGACUGGCCUUCGCCGGCCGCAGUCACGACUCUCGGUGUCGACAGAGGGGCGGAGCAGCGUCAGUACGAACGCGACCACGAGCACCACGAGUUCCAUUCCAACACCGUCCUCGCGGCCAUCCACUCCGACGUUCCUCCCCGUACCGACCGCUGGCCUAUAUGGCGGGAACGCAGGGUUCAAGCGGUCGACCGGACCUGGCUCUGGCGCAUAUAGCCAGUCAGGAAGCGGCACCAAACGGUCGUCGCUCGGCGCGAGUACCGCUAGGUCUCCGACACUGGAGUCGCCCACUUGCACCACUGGUCUUUCUAACGUCACGCUCCGUCAACCGAAAGCCGCAGUGAUUCCCGCGCCGAACCUGGGACAGAGCCGGAUUGGGAAGCCGAGCGGGCGGCGGAGUGGCGGUGGGAGCGACCCCGAACCCUUCUCAGAUUCUGGUGUAACGCAGCGACGGGCCCGGUCGGGUAGCACGAAUGUGCUGUACGGCAGGAACGGGAGCUGAAUAGAGCUUGGUUAUAUUUUGGCUGGCGUUUCGAUGUCUCCUCUAUAUCUGCUACCGUUUUGGGAUCGCAUUUGUGCCAUUGCUUUCCCGCCCUUGUACCAAUGUCUAAUAUUGUCCUCCUCGCAUUUCAUAUGUUACAUCACAUCGCUGCUUCCCUAUUCGCACUGUUUCUUGGUAGAUUAUCUUCACCAUGCGCGUGCGUACCAUUGACAUAUAUCCCCACGUAUACAUAUUAGUAACAUUCCUUUCACCCCCACCGAUUCCCCCAGACUUCACGAACUGACGAUUCACUGUCUUGCAGGCCUGGCUCUGGUUGGCCCGGGUCUCUUACGUCUGUACGCUUAUAU